AUGUUCAAAGCCCUUUUGGGCGGGGGUCGCUCGUCUUCUGAUGUCCGCAGCUCCUCAAGCUCCAAGAGCAGCAGCCGUCGCAGAACCGACUCGAAAUCUUCCACAGUAAGCCGCAAGUCCUCACGGGGUGACGACCGUGAUCGUGGCUUGGGCGAUCUGUCCAACUACCGAUCCUCCAGCAGUCGGAGUAAGCGCUAUGCUCCAAGUGUGGCAGGCGAGUCGGUAGCCUCGAGCUAUGCGACAGCAGACCAGGGCACCCCCAUCGAACCCGACCGGGUGAUGAUCGAACGCGCGCCCCGGCGUCAAGAUUCAAACGACACCACCGACCGUCGAGAUCGAUACCGAGACAAUGGAGAUGGAGAAGGGACAAGCUCCCGCAGGCGCGAGCGAGCGCGAUCGCCGAGUCGCGAGCGUGAGCGUGAUGGCGAUCGGCGUGAACGACAACGAACUCAGUCAGGCGAUAUGUAUGCAUCCCCAGUAAUUACGGGCAUGCCUCCUUCUCCUGGCGACUUCGCCACCGCGAGUCCUCAUACGUACCCUCCAAUUACUGAGGCAAUGCCAACCACUUCAAUACCCAGCCCGCCGCAUGCAACCGCAUUCUACGAUCCUCAUGUAACACAGCAGUUUCCUGGCCAAUUCCCGGCAUACGUUGCUGAGCCUUACCAACCGCCAAACCCUGCAGGAGAAGCAGCCGAUUACUACGGCGAUCAGGGGCAGUCCGUCCAAGACCAGCCUGGCGUCCGACCUAAACCUCCGUUGGUAGCACCCAGCGACCAAGCGCAUCUGAUGACCGCAUCGCCCACCGCAAACCCGCCGCCAGAGCCAAGUAGCAUGGGCCAGGUCGGCGCUGCAGCGGCCUACUUUAUGGAUGACGCUGAGUUGGGAAUGGAACAGCCCGUUGAACCACCUUCUGCUUCUGCGCCGAAACCACCAAAACCAUCAAGACCACCAAGACCCUCUGUACAGACGGCUGGAAUCUCAAGCCCACCUGCCGUCGCCACUGCAACGACAAUGUCAGGAGCUGAGGUUAUGGAUUCCCCAGGGCACACUAUCUCGGAAUCCCCUGCAAACUAUGUGCCACCUACCGCAUCGAGCCCUCCGAAGCCUCCUCAUUCUCAUGGAGCGGGUGCUGCAGUUGGCGCAGCCGCCGCCGGUGCAGCGGCCGGUUAUAUGAUGAGCCACCACCAUCAGUCUGCAAGCGUUGACCAUUCUUCUCAGUACACCAUGCAAACCUACGAAGGGGUACUCCCGGCCUACCCGGAGACUCCGGCGUUCCCCCCUCAGCAGAACAUGCCGCCUUUUGCUGCAGGACCUGCGGCAGCGGCGGCGGCGGCCGGGUACGCGGCGAGUCCGCUACAUCCCGAUCAUGCUGCAGUAUACCACGGUGCUCCUUUCCAAUCCGGAGGUUUGGCUUUUCAACAACGUCAACAAGGCCCCUUGGACAAAUUUAUCAACUUUUGGAAGGACCCAGAAGGUGUCGGCAUGUUCGAGGAUUAUACGGAAUCUAUCGGGGUCUGCAAAUACUGCUUUGAGCCAGGCACGACAUCUCAAGACGCACCUCGCAAGCACAACCACAAACCUCGCCGCCGCUCUGCUGAUAGGUACAGUAAUGGAUCACGUGUUGAUAAAGCAAGCCGCUACUCCUCGUCAGAGGACGAAGGAAGGCGUCGCAACAGGUCGUCGAGAAACUCGUGGUUGCCCGGGCUACUUGGUGGAUAUGCGGUUAAAUCUAUCUUCAGUAGUAAGGAGUUCGACGAGUCUUACAGCAUUCGAACGGGUGAGGUGGCGAGCUCUCGGCAUUCGAUCCACGAGAGUGAAGGCGCCUCCACAGCCGGUCGACGAAGCCAGACCUCACGCGGAGUCUACAGACGGUCCCAUCGAAGCCGAUCGCGGGAACAUACCGACCACAGCUCCUAUCAUUCGGACUCGAAACUCAGCAGAUAUGAAGGAUCUCGACUUCGUUCUCGGUCUCGCUCCCGCUCAUCAUCUAGAAGUCAGCGACAUGCUGCCCUGAGGAAUGCGGCCCUGGGCGUGGCAGUUGGAACAGCGGCUGUGUCAGAAUACGAAUCCCGUCACAGAAGCAGGAGCCGCAGUACAUCUUCGAGGGGAAGGAAACCUAGAAAGACAUCUUCUUCUGAUGAAUCUUUUGUGGAUAUUUCAAGACCCGCUCGCAAGACUGUCGGUAGUGGCUUCAGUUCGUUUUUCACUGCAUCGUCAGAGAACCGCCGCAAGCGUCGGACCAAGAGGCGCAAGAGCAUCUUCUCUUUCAGCAAUAACAAUUUUUCGUCAUCAUCACUCGAUGCAGAUCUGGCCUUUGGGUCUGGAUACACGAAGCGCCAGUCAGGUAAGUCUAACAGGCGAAGCAAGAAGAAAGCGGAUACAGAUGUGGAUGCUGCCUUACUGGGUCUAGGCGCAGCCGCCACUGCACUGGCCGCCUCAUCCCAUCGCAAGAAUCGGCGCACUGGGGAGAUACUUGUCGGCAAAGAGUCCCGAUCCGGUCGGUCUGAUUACGAGUCGUCUGCUGCUAACGAUGAGGGCUGGGAAGAUCUUGACUCGGGUGACCAGUCCUCCUCAAGUGUUACUUCCGGCCUCGCAUUCGGCGAAAGUGGUCAUUUCCCCAGCACUGACUCUCACUCUUCUGAUUCCGGAACGUCGAGAUGGCCUUGGAAUUGGGGAAGCAAGAAGUCCAAGAAGAACAAGAAGAAGAGAAGGUCUCGCUCCUCGGAGAACCGCUUCCCCACAGAGGCUGCGGUCGCAGCUGGUCUCGGAACGGCCGCCUUAGCAUCAGCAUACCACCGGGAAUCUAAGGUAUCCAGUCACGAUGCUGCAAGUAGUACUGGAAGUCUUCAACACGUGGUUCCUGUCCCCACCAGUGACCCUUCACAUUUCGACACCAUCAAGGCCUCAUCUCAACCUCCUUCCCAGCCGACAUUGGUCAGGCCAGGCCCUAUUCCCCUGCAGCAGCCACAGCCAGUGACUCCGGUUUCGCAGGCAGUAUACACUUCUCAAGGCGAAUCCAUCCCCUCUUAUAGCGUAUCUGAUGUACACCCAACCCCUGCAAGCGCUUUCAUGCCUUACGAAACCCCAUCAAGAAGCGACAGAUGGAACCAGAGGACCGCAGACUAUACCGAGAGAAGUGAUAUCUCCGCGAGAUUCAAUCGGGCCCACCGGCGUAGUGAUUCCUCCCCGGUCUUCCACGCAGAGCCCCUCGAGAAAAUGUCGUCGUCAAGCUUUAGACGUCGCUCGACGCUGAAAGACCAGGCCUCAGUCCAAUUUGACUUGACCGAAGAACAGGCUAACAAGGAGCGGCGUACCAAUCGCCUGGAAAGUCUGCGACGGGAGGGCGAUGCCGGCGGAGGAGUGCGACUUGUCGACAGAGAGCAAGAGAUGGCGCUUCGGGAUGCUGAACGUCAAGCAAGCCAACAGAGAGAACGUGAAUAUGAAAAGUCAAAAAUCGAGGAAGAAAACUCACGCAGAGAGAAAGAAUCCUCGUCCUUGAUGGGUGCCGCUGCUGUAGGAGCGAUAGGUGGUUUUGCUGCUUCCACAAUGAUUUCUAGAAGCAGUUCGAACGAUGAUUUCUCCGAGACCGCCAGCCAACGUCGGCACGAGGAGCGUCGUGAAAAGCGCCGAGCAGAGAGGCGCCGCGUUUCCGAAUCAGAGUCUAUCGCAUCAAGUCUACCAAUGUCGGAGAGUGGACGAACCAUGGCAGAGGAGCGCUCGCAGAAAGACCGCCUGCCGGAGGAUGUGAGGCCCCGGCAGUCUCGCCCACCUCCUCGGACAAAGCCCGUCUACGAGGACUAUGCUCAAUUCUUUGCUCCUGAGGAGCUACGCUACAGCCCUGAUACCUACACACGCCGAGAGCCCACCUCGAUGCCAACUAUUAUCGAAGUAGAGCCUACGAACGAAUCUGCUAUUGUAACGGAGGAGCCACACCCUGACUACAAUGGUUUGCCGUGGCCUGUACCGGGUCUGACGCUUACUGAGCCAACCCCUCCCCAUAGCCAGGUGGGCUCCGCCAGAGCGACACCAAUUGUAUUGGUCCCUGAACGACCCGAAGGAGAGAACAGGUUUGAACGGCAAACAACCGGCUCACGGGUAUCAUGGGGCAAGCAUGAGACGCAUGAGUACGAAGUGCCCUCAACAUCCUCCGAGCAUGAAUCUGUCGACCAAGAUACCAGGGCCCUUGAGCACAUUGAGGAGGUUGAGCCUAUUACCGCAGACACUGCACGGGACAUGCCAUCAAGCUCCUCUACCCAAUCUACAACUAAGGAGGCCCCAACCAUGGUAGGAGCAGAUAUCGAGUUUGCUGCUGCACUUGCUGCCGCAACUGCAGCUGCUGGCUUUGACCCUUCGCUUGUAACGGAUGAUCCCACAUUCCAUACUAGGCGCUCUCCUCCUACCUCGGAGCCGAAGGUGCAGUUUGUGUCACCCUGGGAAGAAGCACCCGUGUCACGUUCCGUGCCCCAUGGAUUUGUGGAAGGCGAAGUCGAGACGCCGGACGAUGACGAGAACAUCCAAAUGGCACCGGAAUACCGCAUCGAGGAUGGGCCCCUCUUUUCGGAGCCUAAAUCUCGUACUGGUGAAGAGCUCGCAAACGAGCCCCGGCAAUCCAUGGCCCAGGAAGUUAUCGAGCACCUCCGCCGCAGAAAAGAGCACAAUGCCAGCGAUAGCCCUGCCAUUCAGCCAAGCCGGGAGCCCGUCAAUAAGAGCGUUUCUGAAAUUCCCGUGGAGGUCCUUUCCAUGCCCGGUGGCUUCGAGCCUGAAGAGUCAAUAGAGAGGCAGGAAAAAUUGAGCGAUCCAACCUCCACACAAGACCGCGACUCUCCUUACUUCGUGUCAGCGCCUGGAACCAAAGAGGAUGGCCCAUCGACAUGGCGAGACACUCCAGAGCAGAGCAGCGGUGACAUCGAGCCAAUCGACGAUGACAUUGAUCCAUCCACAGUCGGGGCUGAUGAGGGUGAAGGCAAGAAGAAGAGACGGAAGAGGCGUUCCAAGCGCAGUAGUAGUGACAACUUUGAAGACGCGGUUUCCAUCACCUCUUCGCCCGCCAGGCUGGAAGAAAAGACGAAGGACACCAAACCCGGCAGUUUCUUGAGCAAUCUUUUUGGGCCAAGAGUUUCAGCACCGGUAGAAGACAAGGGAACAUCUUCUGCUGAUAAAUUUUCCUCUCGUGAAGUCCAAUCGGAGAUCGGGUCUGGACGUAGAGAGAGAUCUUCACGGCGUCGCAGCUCCAGUCGAGGAGAUGGGCUGGAUGACGAGUCCCGCAAGCAGCGUGACGAGGAGAACAUUAACGUUGAACAUUAUAAGUCUAGCAGGCAACGAAGGGAAGAGAGACGUCGACAAAGAUAUGAAGACAUGAUGGAAUCUGGUAAAUUGUCGGAGUUUGAGAAGGAUCGGAAACAAUCUCAGGACGACGAACAACAGUCUUUUUUAGAGGAGGGCCCCGAAAUGCGAGUCAAGGUAGACGAGGGUGAUGGUCAUCGUGGUGCUUCGGGGCGGCUGGAUCCUGAGAUCACAGGGCUGGGACUUGAUGUCCUCGACUCCCGGCUACGGAGUCGCUCUGCAUCGCCGCCUGCGUCUGAGAAGACCGCCAACCCCGCGCCCAUGUCGCAGAGUAGACCAACCUCGCCUGAGCUAGCCCGGUCUCAAGAAGAGAACCAAGGUCAAAGAUCUCGGCGGUCGUCUGUGUUGCGGUCAACCGAAUCCCCUACUGCAGUACCAAUACACUUCCGUCGGCCACCAACUUCACCUCGAGCCAACCGCUCUCCUUCCGUUUCUUCGGUCGUCGUUCCUUCCCCUGGUUCUCCAACACAGGGUCGUCGUCGCCCGGCUUCCACCGAGUUCAAGAAUUCUCGUGAAAUCCGGCCCUUGUGGCUCGUUGAGCGCUUUGGUGCUAGCAAGUCGGAGGCUCACCCUGAUGAGCCCCUCCCUUCUUUGCCUUCAAGCAAGGCUUCUUCAGCAAAUGCAUCUGUGGAAGAUCUAGCAGCUCUACCAGAUAUGAAGAAGUGGGAAAUGGUUGAUCUCAGCGAACACGUUCAGGGACCGCCACGGGCUAUGGCCGUAGAGACUUCUGCUGCACAGAACCAAUCAAGCGAUGAGGGCUCGUACGACUUCCUCGAUUCUCAACAAGGCACUCCAACCGCCGCUUCGUUCGGCCAAAUUCCUCAUCAUCCUCCUUCCAGGAAGGAGAAGCUGAAGUACGAGUUUCACUCGCCCUCUGAGCUUUUGCAAGACGUCAACGUGCACCAGGAAUUGCCACCAUCUCCAGAGAUUGGUCCCCUUCCCUCAGCUGAAGGUUCGGCAGUUGGUGUGAAAGAAGAGAUUGGAAAUGAACGCCUGGAGACCCUCCCGUCGCUUCCUGAAGUACGCCCAUCUACGCCUGAAAACAAAGUACCUCAUGGCGAAGAUGUGGCCGAAACUACACCAACACAGCCCAGGAAUGAUUUCGCAGAGCUUGAACACAAUGCUGAUGUAGAAACCGGAGGUGAUGCUGGUACAGCAGGUGAUAUAAAGCUCGACUCCCAGCGCUCUGAAGAGCAGAUCAGCCUAGAGCAAGCACAGACAAUUGGGGAGGGCGAGCACACCGCCAAAGCUGCUGCAAGUGAGGACCUUCCGGUCCAGAUCCCUACCUCAGAUUCUCUGGCGCUAGACAAAGAUCGAUCGAUUGAGCCGGUUCAAGAGAGCGCACCUGUAGGUGUUGCGGCUAUGGUCGGUACGGCCGUGGCAGCUGUUGCUGGUUCUGUACUGGGCAAGCUAGACCAAACCGAAGAACUACAGGCUCGGGAAAUCGAUCAGGCCAAGGGCGAGAUGGGUGUGCAGGAACCAGAUAAGUUUCAGGUCGAUGUCACCUCAACUGAAAUAGAGUCAACGCCAGUUGUUACUGGUACAGAUUCUCAAGACGUGCCUGAGGAUGUCGCAACUGCCCCGACCGUUGAUGAACCCGUUCAAGGAAAGGCGGAUGCCGAUACAACUUCCACCGCAGAGCAUGCUGGAGCGGAGACCGACGAGCACAAUCCGGAACAAGUCAGUGCUGAGGUUAUGGCAGAUGCUAGCCAUUUAGUGCCUGAGGAUGCUAGCAAAGCCUUGGAUGAUAAUGUUGAAGUUCCUGCAGAGCCUCACGUCGAGAGCGAGAGACAAGAGCAAUCAGCGCCACGUGAGGAAACUGAUGCAGAGAGUCCAGAGCUGGUGACGGAAGACGAGACCAGGGGUGCUGACCCAGAGAUCGCCAUCCAGUCCGAAGAAGCCCAUGUGGAUGUAUUGGCAGCGGGAGAAGACUCAUCAGAGGCUAAACAGGAGCCGGUGGAGGCUGCUGCGGGUGACAUUAAUGUAGAUAACCCAGAACCUACUCCAGCUGGCACAGGAAACCAUGCCGGUGAACCCACACACGAACAGCCCGAAGAAUUAGGCGCCAGUGGGCCUGAAGUGACAGUCGUCGAGGAUACCCCCGUCGGGGUGAAAGAGCCGGAGGGAGAAAAGGCCCUUGUGGAGGCAGAGAUUGCUCAGGAAGUGCCAGUAAGCGACUUUGCUGGACCUACUGAGAUUAACGAAGAGCCACUCCUGUCCGAGAAGGCCCCUGAAACCGAGCGUCAGGAGCCGGAGCCUAUCAAGACCGAGGAUGCUCUCCUCAGCUCGGAGCCCGCAGCCGAAGCCACGGGUGACGCUACGACUGAGCCCCUCGAUACCCAAGCCGAAGAGCCUGUUGCAGAUGUAUCUACGUCUUCGACUUCGAAAAAGAAGAAAAAUAAGAAGAAGAAGAAGGGCAAGAGCAUCGACCUAGGCACUCCCGAGCCUACCCCAGCUUCGGAUGAGCCAACUACAUCCCAGGAGGAGCAGAUUGCACAGAGCGCUACUGAGCCUGAGGUACCUGAACAGGCGCUAGAGUCUGAAAUCCAGGAGCCGGGGCCGGCUGAGCCCGCUGCUGCUCCUGAGGAGAUGGUCACCGAGACGGGGCCUCUACCUACUACAGCUGAGGCCGAUACAGAGCCCAGUUCCCACGAGACAGCAACCGCCGAACAGCCUACCGUGGUUGCGGAAUCGACUGGCGAGACUGCGGUUGAGCCUAAAGAUGAAGAGAAGCUAGUGGAGACAGACACACAAGGGCCAGCUUUAGCGGAGCAAUCUGCCUUAACCGACGCGCCUGCCGCGGAAUCCGAGAAGCAAAUCGAGCCCACAUCUCAAGAAGUGCCCAAUCCCGGUGAUGCUUCAAUCAUAGAAGAGGUUUCUGCAGAGGCUAAUAAGCCAACUGAACAGGACGCCCAGGAACCACAACUGGCGGAUCAAGUCACACCUGAGGAGUCACUAACCAAGACGGAAGGUCUGGACGAUGCAAAUGUAGACACUCCAGCCGCCGAACAGCCUGCAGAAAUAGAACAGCCUGCAGCUAUGCCUCAAGAUACGCCUGCCGUGGAAGAGCCCGGCAUUCUACGAGAAGAAUCUGUGGUAGAGGAACCUAAGGCAGAAGAGACCCCGGCAGUCCCCGAACCUCAGCCAGAGGCCGAAGCAGUACCUGUUGCUGAUGCCGCAGAGUCUGCGGAUGCACCGGCCUCUUCUAAGAAAGCCAAGAAAAAGAAGAAGAAGAAGAGUAAAGGUGCAUCCCAAGACUUGACUGUAGAAGAGGCUGUAAACGCCGAAGACGCUAAGCCUGCCGAAGAGUCUACGGCUGUGGAAGACAAGACCGAGACUACUAAAGCGUCUGGGGAUCUAGAGGCGGCUCAGCUAGCUGAGGAGGCUAUUGUUGAACAGACGGCAGGAUCAAACGAACAACCCAAGGAGGUCGAGACUGACACACCCCUCGAGGGCGACGCUACGGACAACAAGACCGAGCCAAGUGACGAGGCUGUGAUAACACAGGAUGCUACGGGUGUAGAGGAGAAUAGUAAGCCCUCCGAGGAGGGUGUCAAUCUCGCGAACGAUGAAACUAGUCAGGCUACUGCAGCCGGACCAGACGUGCCUACAGUGGCUGAUGUGCCUGAAUCCUCACCGGCCGACUUUAUUCCCGCUCAUGCUACAGAAUCUACGGAGGAUGCCAAUAACUCCCAGUUGCCUGAGGAGCUUGCAGCACCUAUAGAGCCUGAAUUUGCUCAAACGGCGAGUCAUGAUAACUCUGCAGAUGUUGUGGAGCCGAAUGAGAGUGAGGCGCCGGUCUUCGAGCAUCAGCCUGAAGAAUUACCUCUUAGUGCUGAGGCUAAAACUACAGUAGCGGAAGAAACGUCACAGGAUCUCUCCACGGAAAAGGAAGCCGCUAAACCCGAGCCAGUUGAGUUCGAAAAAGCAACAGAGCAGCUGCAGCAAAGCGAAGCCCAAGAAGUUGAUAUCCAGACGCAAGAGAAAGAACAGCUAUCCGAGGCUAAGGAAGAAAACGAGGUCCCAGCGACCGAAGCCGAGCUGCAGAAGGAUAUAACGGAAACCGCGGACUUACCUGCUGCCGAUGAAGCGAAAACGAUUCCCGACCCAGCUAUAGCUCAAGAUAACUCUCAGGAAGCCACUGAGGAACCGGAAGCUUCUCUAUCACGCAAAAGUAGCAAAAAGAAGAAAAAGAACAAGCGCAAAAGCGCCGCCGCGACCUCGCUAGAAACAGAGCCAACCGAGGAUUCUCAACCAACGUCCUCGGCCGAAAUUUCUUCAGAAGCUCAAGCUGCCACGGAACCUGAGCUUGCUCCUGAGGAUGUAGCGGUUGUUAACACUGGAGCUGCCCCCGAGACUGAACCUGCUCCAGAACCUGAGGUUGCAGCUAACGCUGAAGCUACCCCCGAAGUGGAAGCUGCACUCGGAACCGAGGCAGCACCAGAACCACAAGUUCCUCCUGAGGCCGUAGCUGCUGUCGAGAGCGAACCUGUCCUGGAGCCCGAAGUUGCAGCCGAAAUUGAAGCUGCUUCGGGAACUGAAGUUGCUCCUGUGACUGAAGCUGCGACUGAAGCUGAAGUCGCGACCGCGAGUGAAACUGUGCCUGAAUCAACUGUGACUGGCGAAGAAUCCCCCGAAUCAAAGGUGGCAGAUGAGGCUCGCGACGAAAACAAAGAACUGUCAAGCCAUGUUGCGGAAACGGAGAGAAGCGAUGAAUUGAAGCUUCCCGAGGGAGAAAAGCCCGAGACAGGCGAUUCGGCUGGGGACACUCAAGAGGUUCAAGCCGAAGAGGCAGUAGAGGAACAGCCGAAAAAGAAAAACAAGAAAAAGAAGAAGAAUCGCAAAUCUUCCGCCCUGGACGAAACCGAGCCUGAGCCUGAGCCUGAACCCGAAUCUGAGGCUAAACAGCCCGAGCCCAGUCAAGAAGACUCCGCCGAGCCCCCGCUCCUCCAAACAAGCGGUGAGCUGCCAUCCGCCGCCCAGCAAAAUAAUGAGGCUUCCGAGGAUGCUAUAGCGGAGCCCCUCGCCGAUGCCACUGUUAGCGACUCAACCCUGGCGGUGGAGCAGACCGAGGCCAAUGAUCAGGCACCACAUGUGCCCGAUCAAUCGGCGGUCGAGGCGGCGCCUGAACUCGACCCUGAAUCCGAAGCGGGGAGCUCUACACCGACUGGUAAAAAGAGCAAGAAGAACAAGAAGAAGAAGCGACAAAGCCUGUCUGCUACGCCCGACGAGAGCCUAGCACCUGUCGAGCCUCCCCUAGACAAUAUUGAUCCUACGGUUGAGACUGCGGAAGUUCCCGUCGCUGCCGAAGGUUCCGCCCCCACAGAACCCGAGCAACAAGAAGAGGCAGUCCGAGAGACAGAACCCAUCGACGCAACCGAAGCCCCUGUAGAACAAGCCACUGAAUCUCCUCCCAUGACUGCUGCUCAAAGGAAGAAGGCGAAGAAGGAAAAGAAGAAGCAGCAGAAGCAGCAGGCCGAAUCUGUUAACAUCACGCCAGCGCCCGAACCAGAAGCUGUGGCCGUGCCCGAGGAUGCUCCACCAGAAGACCCAGCUCCUGAGGAGCCAAAGUCUCCCGUGGAUGAAAAAGUGGAUCUUCCGACAAACGAAAACGUAGAGGCAAGCGAAGGGCUUGUGUUGGAGCAAUCUAAGGAGGCUCCUUCUGAAGAAGAGACUCCGGCCAUUGCAAUCGACGAGUCACCGAGCGAUUUGCCUCAAGGUGCAACUGCAACUUCUGAGCAUGUCGCGCCGGAGACUACGGAGUCUGCAGACACUGCAGGCGACCAGCAUCACGAUGCGACCUUCACUGAUGCUGAGCCACAAAUAUCUGCUAAUGGUGUAUCGGAACCUGACGCUACUUCCACAGAGGAGCAACCUCAGGAGGCCGCUGAGAAGAGCCCUAUGGGUGAGAUGACUGCAACUGAGACAGAAGCUUCAGCAACUAGAACCAUGGAUGCCGUUGAUCAAGCGACUCUAGACAACGAGCCAUCAAAGGAAAAUAUCGAAUCCACCGAGGUGCAGGAAGAGCAGCCUGAACCCAAGAAUUAUGAGCCCGUAUCUGAAGCCCACCAGGCUGAAGAGGGCCAGACAGGCAUGGAUGAUGGCGCUGAAAAUGACGCUUCAACCGAGAAGAAUACCGAAGCAGAAACAGCACCCAUUGAAGCUUCCGUACCACAGAAUGAUGUCGCUUCAACUGUAGAGGGCUCUCAAGAACAGGCUCCAGCGGAACUGCCUGCUAGUUUUGAGACUUCGGAGCAAGGCGCAGUCGAGCAUGAAACACCUACUGACGUGGGCCAAGAAGAGCCAGCACGAGAAGAAAUUCAGACUACAUCUUCUACAAAAUCAAAGAAAGACAAGAAAAAGAAGAAGAAGCGUCAGUCUGUCAGUAUUGAUGAAUCCCAGCCUGGGCCUGCGCAAGAGGAUGAGAGCAACGAAACCCCAGUUGAGGCAGGCAGCGGGCCUACUGACACUCCUGAGGACGUCAGCAACUCUGCUGUAGCCGAGGACGUCGGCCCUUAUGAAAGCACUGUUCCAGAACCGCCAGCAGAGGAGACCAGGGACAUUGAUACUGCGCUCAGUGAGCCGACCGAGCCUACUGAACCUGUCCAAGAUCCACAGGAGUCGACUAAGUCCAAGAAGAAGGCGAAGAAGGACAAGAAAAAGAGGAAGUCGGUCUCUUUCGCAGACGCGGAGCCCGAAUCGCAACUUUCUGAGCCGAGCGACCCUGCGGCCGAUGCACUCGUCGCCAAUCAGCAGGAUGAUGAGCCCGUGCCCAAAGACGACGCUCAUUCUGGACUGUACCAAGAUUCCCAUGAUACUGGAUUGGCUCAGUCUCUGGAGGCUGAACCUGCUUCGGAGCAGCCCGCUGAAGAAACACCUACUGGCGAAACGCGUAAUUUAGCGGACGAAAGCCAAGCUACUAUGAUGGAUGCCACUGUUCCUGAGGAGAAGAUUGAAGAACCGGAGGAUCCGGUGACUCUACCAUCAAACGAAGUUGAUGCCACAGAGGCCCCGAAGUCUGGCUCGGUCGAAGAUGUUUUUGUUACUCCCAAGGAAUCAGCAGAAGAGAACGAACCAGCCGCAGACACCAUGGCCAAGGAAACAGCAGAACAACUGCAGCCCGAAGCGAGUCCGGAGACGGAUGCGCAGCCUUCUGCCCCAGAAGCUGAUCCCCAGCCUGUGAACACGACUGCUGAACAGGAGAGUGGCUCCUCUAAGUCCAAGAAGAAAAAGAAGAAGAAGAAGAAAAGCAUGACUGCAGAGGCAAACGAAGAUACUGGUGCAGAUGAUGGCCCAAGCGAGCCAGUUACGCCAAUUGAACCCGGUACUCCUGCAGAGCCUGAGCUAUCUACCGAGCCCGAAACCCCAAUUGAACCUCAGACGCCGCUUGAACCUGAGGCCGCAGUUGAACCUGAAACCGUGGUUGAGCCUGAUACACCCGUCGACGCUACAGUCCCUGCUCUGCAUGAAUCCGAGGUAGUCGCUCCACAACCAGAAGAUCCCGAGAAGGACGCCCCUCCCAUGUCAGCCAAAGCGAGGAAGAAGGCAAAGAAAGACAAGAAACGCCAGUCCAAGAGCCUAGCUGAUGCUACGGAGCCUGCUGAUGAGACUCGCCAUUCGAGCGACACUCAAGUGCCCAGCGAAACGAAGACCGCGGAACAAUCGCUCGAAACGGCAAACAUACCUGCUGAAGAUGACGGUAAAGACAAUCAGUCCCACGGCACCGAAAACCACGGCGAGAACGAUAAAGAUCUGAUUUGGACUGAUGACAUGGUAUCUCCGCAGGUAGAGCAAGAGCAAGCGACUUCUUCCGCUCAUCCACCCCAACUCGAGCAUGAGAAAAGUGAAGACGACCCAGUUUCCGUUCCCUCCGAUGAAGUAGUUAAACCCGUUGAGCUGGAUGCCCAUAACUUAAGCCAAGAACCUUUAGCAACCAACGAGCCGGAGGAGUCGGGUGAUGCGCAGGAAAAAUCAGAGACGCAGCCCGCUGAAGAUAUGGUCAAGCCUGACGAUGAAACUGGGCAAACGUCAGUUGGGAAGCAAGGAGAGUCCAGCACCGACCGAAAUUUGAUCGACGAUGUCUCUGAGGAUGUUGUAAAGGAGACAGAGCAGGCGCCGAUUAGGGAGGACGCCGAGCACGAGGAUGAACAGCUUUUCAAAAAGGAAGAGUCGCUUAGCGUCAGUCCGGAAAAAGAGUUGGCGGAUGAGGCUACGGUGACGCGUGUAGGAGAAGUCAUCGAAGCCCCGGAUGCCAUGCAGCAAGGAGAGUCCAUCGAGGGUGUAGUUGAGAUGGAUGAUUUUACGACCAAUGUACCAUCAAAGAAAAAGAGCAAAAAAGAAAAGAAGAAAAAGCGCCAGGCAGAGCAGCCAGCAAGCCAGGAAGAAACCGAACAGGGUACGGGAGUUCAGGGCAACGAGCAGGCAACAGCUACGGCUAUUCCCGACGAGCUACCCGUGGAAACCACAGCUCCCAGUACUGAGCCAGGCCCUGACGCAUCCCUUAAGCCAGCCGAGUCGCCAAAAGACGAGGAGGAGCCAGCAGCACACGAUCUUGAAAUAGCUGCCCCUGUCGAGAAUCACGGAGAGGAAGCUGAACAGCCAGAUGAUUUCCCAGUUGAAUCGAAGCUUGAUUCAGGUGAUCGGCAGCUGGAUAUUACAAUUGUUCAGGUCGAGAAAGACACCCCUGAGGAACAUGCUAUUCCCGAAGGUGUUACUCCGGAGGCUGCCGAAGAAACCGCAGUCGAUGUUGGCGAAACCCUUGCAGAGCCAGUCUCUAAGACGAAGAAAAACAAGAAAAAGAAGAAGAAGGGGUUAAUUCAGGCGAAAGAUGAGACUGAGCCUCAGGAGGUGACUGAGCCUCAAGAGGUAACUGAACCGCAUGUCGAGAGCGAAGCAGUGCCGGACAAUGAGCUGGUCGGCCAACAGGGAGUGACAGAGGCAACUUUCGAACAGGCUUUGGAACCCACAGAAGACAAGAACAGCUUGGAUGCCGUGCAAGAUGACGCAAACCUGAACGACAUUGUUGAUGAGCCAGCUCCUUCGGGUGACAAGGCUCUCGAGUCAGCCGCAGAAGCACCAGAAGGACCUACACUGGUGUCAGAGCAGUUCCUUCAAGACAACAUGGUCAGGGAUGAAGACAAUACCAACUCAUCUGCUGCGGAAGCAACAGAAGCCAUUCCGAGUGAUUUGACCCAGGAGAAGCCCUUGGAGGUGUCAGUCCUCACUCGUAAAGAAUCCAAAAAGAAAAAGAAGAAGGCGAAGAAACAGGCCAGAGAUGAGCAAAGCAGUCCCACGCUUGCACCGACUGAAGGGGCUGUUACCGGUGACGAGGGUUUGACGUGGACAGAUACUCUUGAUUCCACCCGUCCUGCCGCCGAAGAACUAAGCAACACCGUCGAAGAAAAGCAAUUGACAACUCCCACCAUGCAAGAGGGUGGAGACGAGGAAGAGCACCAGGCGCCACAGGCUGAGGAAGAACAAGUCCGCAGCGCAGAAGAGUUUGAUGAGCCCCGAGAACUGUCUACUGCAGAGAGACAAGAUAUGGUCGUCCAGCAAGCACCAGAAACGACCAAUGCAGAACAGGAGACCGAGACACUAACAGCAAAGCACGACCAUGGGAUGUCUGAAGAGUUGUCUGAGAAGUUCCCGGAACAACAGGAGACACCAGCUCCCCUAACGAAGAAGUUGUCCAAGAAGGAACGCAGAAAGGCCAAGCAAAGGGCUGAACAAGAGCUUGUAGAUUCUGAUAGGGGGCAGCAGCCAGGUGUUGACGCUGGUGCUUCGGCGGACCAGAACCCGGUCCAACAGCAAGUGGCUGAAGCACCAGACGCGCUGGCUGCUGAACAGGCUACGGUGGACGAUGUCUCUCCGGAUCCACACUCUGGGGAAGAAGAGAAGCGUCUGGAAAGCCAAACCCUCGAUGCCCAGAACCCAGAAGGUGAGCAACCCCACAAGAAGGAUGCCACCAGUUUUCCACCACAGGAAACUGAGAUCCCGGCUUGGGAGCAACGCGCACAAGAUGAUGACUCUUGGCCUAUAAUAGACUGGGAGAAAAGCGAAGUCGAUGCUACCGAACGAUCACCCGAUUCCUCACCCGAAGCUCUUGCUGUCCCGUUCGAGCCAGGCAUUGCAGAUUUUGACGAGAACGCAAUCCCGGAAGGGGUGAUCCGACACCCAAGCGCAUCAGCCGCGGCAGGGAAAACGACAGUCAGAGCAUCUCAGCAAACCCGAGGCGACGUACAAGCUCCCUCUGAAGCAACUGCUGUUCCGCCAAUUUCACCCUCUACCGCACUCGAUGUAGAACACUCUAUCUACGCAAAGACUAGCAGCGAAUCCCUCGGUUCCGAGUCGCAGAAACAAAGCAAGGUUGCCAGCAUCUUUCCUCAACUGGAACGGGGGUAUUUUCGUCGACCAGCUCUAGUUGAGCCGUCCGAGUCAGCAAAAGAUGGGGCUGAGGAAGAGACUAUCGACAAGGAAGCAAUUCGCGACAGCGCGAUAGUCUUGGAGGCGCCCAUUAACACGGCCGACUCCCCGUCUUCGGGGCAGGACCAUGCCAAAAUUGCUACGGAACCUACUGAAGCAGAUGAGUCUACACAACCGGAGACUGGAUUGCACCCUUCUCCGAACGAGCCUACGAUCGAAGUUGAAGCAGAUACUUCGUAUAAUGUUUCUGUGCUUUCGGACGGACCGGAAGAGAAGUCUAGACAAAUUGACAUACGGUGGGAAGAACAAAAGGACAAGGAGUCUCCCAAGGAAGUUGAAGCUGAAACCACGGAGCCUAGCCUUUCUUUCCACCACGAGGCUCCACUAUACGCCCCGUCUCCCGUGCAUGAGCGACAGUCGGUACUCGUUCGGUCAGGAUCCCCAUCCGGUAAAGAGAUUGGACAAGCAACGUCACGCUCUAGCCCAACUUGUGAGCUACGACGUAGCCCGUCAAUCCACGGUCGACCUAACCAAACGCGGCGGCCGUGGUCGUUGGAGGUCGAGCAAAACUCUCAGCCACGUACGCCCUCGCCGCAGCCGACAGGAGUGGAUCGAGAGGCAGUCUCCCCGCCGCGGACACCAUUGCAAACCAUCGAGGAGGAUGAGCCAAGGGGUCGAACGGAGAGAUCCACCGGUUCAAGAACCGUGGGUCACGGGCGCGGCACGCCCCGUCUGGAGAUGAAGCCCGAACAUGUGCUUCCUCGCCCCGAAACCCCGACCCGGAAGUUUACUGACAAUGCGUUGGCCCGUCAGGCCUGGCCAACACCGGAUAAAGAAACGCCGUUUGACGAUGUCGAUGUCAAGAAGCGUAGCCCUGAGAGUCAGCUGGUGGAAGGUAGAUGGCCGGCUGAGGUGCUCAAGACGCCGGAACAAGACAAGCCAAUUCUACGGCCCAGCAGCAGCAUCCGAGGGGUCAAGAGCAUGCACAACAUGACGCCGAACCUCGAGCAGACGCCGACUCCUCGAUCGCUGCGACGCAAUCAUCGCACUGCCAGCGGAGAUUUGCGGGCGGCAGCCACCACUCAGGCGCAGGAGAGCGACGACCAAUCAGAGCGCAAGCCCCAGCCUCCCGCUUCUUCAGCCUCGGACCUCAACCUCGAGCGCAUCGCCUCUUCUUCCUCCUACGACCCCGUCACCGACAAGGGCAAGCGUCCCCUGCGCAAUAUGACGGACGUUUAUGAGGGUUGGGGUGAGACGCCCAGCUCGCCCCGGUCGCCUAGCCGACCGCCCAGCAUUCGGCACCGUCGAAGUAUGCAACACCUCCAAGAACUCGAGUCUCGUCUCGACCGCCUUAUUUCGGAAAAUCGUCUUCUCGCCGCCGCUCGUGAGGAAGCUGAAGAUAAACUCCGCAAGACCUCCGUCGCCCGACGCAAGAGUGACCAUGCCCUCAACAGCCGCGACGCUGAUCUGCGGGACAGGGAUGCCGAAGUGGAACAAUUGAAGAGCUCGCUGGAGUGGUUGCAGAAGGAAGUAGCCCGUCUGACCGAAGAAAAUGCCGGGCUCACGACGACGAGCUCCAACCUCACUGCCACUCAUGCGCAGGAAGUCCAAGUUAUGCAGGAGACGUUCGAUCGCCGAGUCGAUGCAUUGCGCUCGGAGAAUCAACAACUGUCGGCAGAAAUGCACGAUCGGGUGCGACAAGAAGUGGAGACGGCAUUGGCCCAGAAGGACAUGGAGCUACGACGGCUACGGGAGGCAUUGGAGAAUGCUCGCGACAAGGUGAAACAACUACAGCAACAGAUCGCGGCAGCCAUGCAGGACGACGUCUUGGUCUUCCGCGACGAGGAUUACUUCGAUGCUGCUUGCCAGAAGCUAUGUGGUCAUGUACAGCAAUGGGUCCUCCGUUUCUCCAAGCAUUCCGACCACCGUCGCUGCCGCAAGCUCAGCGAUCUGCAGGAUGAGAAGAUUGCCGACCGGUUCGACAACGCAAUCCUGGACGGUUCCGACGUAGACAGCUACCUCGGCGAUCGAGUUCGUCGUCGUGAUGUAUUCAUGUCUGUUGUCAUGACCAUGGUAUGGGAGUUUAUCUUCACAAGAUACCUAUUCGGCAUGGAUCGUGAGCAACGACAGAAGCUCAAGUCUCUGGAGAAACAACUUGCCGACAUUGGCCCACGCAGUGCUAUCCACCGGUGGCGCGCCACUACUCUGACUCUGCUCUCGAAACGGCCAACCUUCUCGAAGCAGCGUGAGAAUGAUACCGAAGCUGUCGCCUUGGAGAUCUUUGACACUCUGUCGCGCCUCCUCCCGCCACCUACCAAUGUCGAGGCCCAGCUUCUGGACUCGCUCCGCAAGGUGCUCCGUGUCGCGGUUCACCUGUCGAUUGAGAUGCGCACCCAGCUGGCAGAAUACAUUAUGCUACCGCCACUGCAGCCCGAGUAUGACACCAAUGGUGAUCUUGCUCGCCAGGUCUACUUCAACGCCUCCUUGAUGAAUGAGCGCAGUGGAGAGACCACGUCAAAUGAAGAGCUGGAAACGCAGCAAGCGGUAGUCCGGGUUGUUCUGUUCCCGUUGGUGGUGAAGAAGGGCAAUGACCGGGGAGAAGGCGACGAUGAGGUGGUCGUCUGCCCGGCCCAAGUGCUCAUUGCCAGACCCAACAAGGACAAGAAGGUGGUGAAGAUGCUCAGCGGCGACCGCAUGUCCCUGGAUGCCACGAGAUCGGUCCACAGCGUCGCCCCAUCGUCAACCAUGGACAUGAGCAAUGUGAUCUGA